AUAAAUUACAAAUAUGAGAUAUUAGUUUGCAGGUUGUAUUUAUAUGGUUCAUAUAUUUAUAUAAAUUAUUAAUAUACCUACUGGUCAUAAUAGAUGAAUAAUUUAUUGUACUUAUGAUAUUUAUUAUAAAUAAUGACGUUAAAUAUACGAGACACAUAACCUAGAAAUCACCUGACAGUUCGACAAUUUUCAUGACAGCUAGUGGAUUUAUUUUUGGAUCGUUAUUUUACUACAAAUAAAUAUAUAGAUAUAUAUUUUUAUGUUUGGUCUGAUUCGGGUGUCAGCAGACUCCAGGUGCCUGGUAGCAAAUUAUUAGAUUUGAAGGAAGAAAUUAUCUAAAGAAAUCCCUGGGGGAUUUAAUAAGCAGUCAUUUAAAAUAUAUAUAGAUAUAUAGUAUUUUAUUAAAAGAAAUCGGACAUAAGAGCAAAGAAUCCCAGUUUGAGCAGAAUUGAUAAAAAAAUAUGACUACAAAUAGCAGUGAGAUGAAUACAGUUGAUAUAGAAGAUAAUAAGCCGCAUAUUAUUAACACACCAGAGCACGAUCAUUCAAGAUGUCAAUCACCAAAGCACGGCACCACAUUAUCAACAAGCACCAGUAGUUUUGAAGCAUUAGAUCCUCAUGAUCCGAAUUUGAGUCGUUUAGCAACGACGAUGUUUGAAAAAACAGGAGAAUAUCUGCAGGAUGAAUUGACAUCAACUCAUGCUGACUAUCGGUUGCUUGAAAGAUUGAAUAAAGAGACGAUUGCUAAAUAUGCUGAGUUAAAAACAAUAUCUACGAAUGUAUCACAAUCACUGGAGGCACUUAAUCAGAAAUAUAAAAAAUUGCAACCUGUUUUGGAAAACAUUAAUCAGAUUGAUGACAGUGUUGCUAAAUUGGAACAAGCUGCUUAUAAAUUGGCGGCUUAUUCUAAAAGAUUAGAAGCUAAAUUUAAAGAUCUUGAGAAGGAAAGUAGAAGUAAAUAAAUUUAUAUUUUAUUAUUUAAAUAUUCAAAUGUGGAGUCUAUUAUAAAUUGUUAUUAUUGAUAAUAAUAAAAUUCAAAUGACAUAUAUUUAUUAUUUGGUUUUAAUUAUUUUCCUUUUUAACUCGACGAAAUAGUUUUUAUGCUAUUAAAGUAUUUUCAUAUUUCAAAUAAUUGUGAUAAAGGAAAAUUGUUAUCAUAUUGUUGCAAUUUAUAUUUAUUUACUUGAUAAUGUUUUAUUGAUUUAAGGGAAAAACGAGUCUGAGAUACAAAAAAAAGAGGUUUUUUUUUUUUUUUUUCAGAGUACAGUAGGACCUCGUUAUAAGACUAUUAGUUUCUCUCCCAAACUAUCGUGGCACCUGGUUUAUAAAAAAGAGAAUGAUAGUCUUUUAAUGAGGUCCGACUGUACCUUCUUUAUUAAAAUUCUUAAAAUUUGUGACAUUCUGAAGCAACAUUCCAAGAAUAUUCUGUGAAAUUUUCUUAAAAAAAUAUUGAAAAAUAAGCCAGUGGUAGUGGGGAGAGACGAGUCUAAAAAAAAAAGUCUCUAUGCCGUAGGCAGGAUAACUCAUGACUGCCAUCUGAAAUAAAAAAACCAAAAAGAAUUCUUUAGUACAUAAGUUUAUCUUGGAUCUGAACGAAGGAAUAAACAAAAUAUUCAUUUUUGAAUUUUUGCUAAAGGUGCAAUCAAAAAAACUGAUUUUUUCCAAAAAUUCUUCCUUUUGUUUAAUUAAAAAAUAAGUAGUAAUUAAAAAAAAAAAAUCCUUCGUUCAGAUCUAAGAUAAACUUGUGUACUAAAGAAAUCUUUUGGUUUUUUUAUUUCAGAUGAGGCAGUCAUGAGUUAUCCUGUCUAUGGCAUGGAGACUUUUUUAAGUGACUCGUCUCUCCCCACUACCACUGGCUUAUUUUUCAAUAUUUUUUAUGAAAAUUUAGCAGAGUAUUCUUGGAAUGAUGCUUAAUAAUGUCACAAAUUUUAAGAAUUUUAAUAACGAAAGUACUCUGAAAAAAAAAAUCACAAAAAUAUUCCCUUUUUUUUUGUAUCGUAGACCUCUUUCACCCCUUAAAUAAUAACAACCAUUUAUACUCUUCAUGGUGGCCACAGAUAUUUGAGAUUGAAAUUCCCUGACUUUUCCAGGUAUUCCAGUCAAACAAUUCAAAAAUUCCCUGACUAUGUGUAGUAAUAUUAAAUCAUUGGAAAUAUUUAUUUAAUUUAAAAUAAAAUGGUAUAAGUCAGUUUAAUCAAUAAUUAAUCAUUGUCGUUAAAUGAAACUUUUUUUUAUUAUUUGUCAAUGUUCAUUGUUUUUUUUUUUAUUUAUUAAAUGAAUAAUUUUUUAUUUUUGAUUUGAAAUCCAUGUUUUUAUAUAACUUACUCUAUAAUAAAAUAUAAAUAAAUUUUUCAUUUUCACUAGAAUAAAUUUCAUAAAUAAGAAUAUUUCAUAGAAUAUUAAUAAAGUAUUAAUGAAGUACGCGAAUAAUAAAUAUAGUGAAACUUAUUAGUUCAUUACUUAUGUAUACAUUUAAUGUUUUUAGUUUUUUAACUUAUCAAUAUGGAUGUAAUAGCUUAAAGAUCCUGGCGAUUGGUUUCUACUAAGACUUUUUUUUUCUAACAGCCUUGAUAAUUCUAACUGCUUCAUUUUUUCGCUAUUGGAAUCAAUUUCUACUAAUUUUUUUCAAGAUGGUUUUACAACCGCAUUCGCGCCGCGUCACUUUUUCAACAGUUUUGACAGAAAACUAAAUUUGGAGGAUUUUUUCAGUCAAAAGAAAGAAAGUGAAAAUUUUUCCAGCUUUGUGACGAAAUUCCCUGACAUUUCCCUGACUUUUCCAGUAUAUUUAUAAUUCCCUGACAUUUCCAGGUUUUCUAGAAAUGUGGCCACCAUGACUCUAGUAACUGUGAUUAAUUUACCAACAAUAAAAUUGUUAUGAGUAAAUAAAUAUGAUUAUCACUUUUAAAAAUUGGGUUUAUUAGUAAAAUCUACCUUACAUAUUUGAUAAUAAUUAUUGUUUAUGUUUUAUUAAUAAUAUUAUUACUGAUUUAAUAAUUAAAUGUAAAAUGCCAUUAUAAUCGAUUACUAUAUUAACUAAUUUAACUUAUUUGUAUUGAGCUGUAUGUUUAAUAUGUUUAUUAUAAAUAAAAUAAAAGUAUGCACUAUCAGAAAAAAAA